GUUUAACUAUAGAACUGCAUUCUACUAAGCACGGUGUGUGACUCGGCUUACGUUACACACAAAACACUACACAACCCUUCGUAGAUCUACGGAGCUCAGAGCCAAACAUGGGCUCAGUAAAGGGGUGGAUCUGUGUAGUACUGGUGGGAAUUCUGGGAUAUCUUUAUAUGGAAAGUUUCGACCCUGGUAAGACUCCAAAUCUAUACAAUUGAAAACAAAGCACACCAUAUCUUCAUUGAAAUUAGGAAAGAUUGUUUCUUUUUUUUGUAAUGGCAUAAGGGGACAUAAAAUGAUUACUGUAUUCAUGGGGCUACACACAUGUUACUAUGUAAUAAUUACUGUUUCUCCGUCCUACAUUGGUGACUUUUCUUACUCGUUUACUUUACAAACUUGCCAGAGUAAUCCACUUUUUUUUUUUUUUAAUUUCUUUCUGAUUUUCUUUUGCUGUUUUUCCUGAUGUUUUUACUGUUCAUGACAUUUACAAAAUUAAAACAUAAAAAUAGUAAUAUCAAAAAGGGAAAAAAGUAAAAUUUUUAUGUUUUUUUUAAUGCUUUAAACAAAAAGGAAGAACGAGUUAAUUAACUGCUUACCUGACACCUAACUUGCCAAUCUCAUAAUUGUGGUUGCUCUUAUUGUUUACACAUUGGAAAUAAUACAUUUAAGAACAAAAAUGGGAAAAUAAAAUGACAGAAGAGAUGCAAGAAAUUUAUCUGCACAAAUAAGGGAUAAUUCGGCACAAAUACUAAGCACAAAAAAACAUAAAAAGUGAACAUAGCACUUUUUAUAUAUGGUCUGCACUGUUUCUAAAUGCCACUUGCCAGAUACUCUUCUGCCAUAGUGAAAAAGGCACCCAGAUCUCUUAAUCUCAAUGAAGUUGUCUGGGUCAGUGACGGGAACUACCUCCAGUGCAACUCCAUCGGCACCUGCGGGUUUUGGGGACACAUCAGGUAACCAUCUAUUUAGGACCACCUGAUAGGCAGGCCCUUUUAAUAUUGACCGGCAGUGCUGGGAGAAAGUGAGAGUCUGUCACUUCCUCAUAGUUUACAGACCACACAAAGGAGGCACAGAAAGGACAGGAGAGCACAGCAGACAGCAUCAGACUCCCAUCAUCCUCAAGCAGCCCAGGAAGCCAACCUCCUCCACCCAUAUUGUAUGAAAGCAGGGGGUUGGCUAAAAAUAUGCAAAUUGUAACUUGUGUGUGUAUCUGUGCGUCAGUGUGGGUAUCUGUUUGUGUAGGUGUUUAUGUCAAUGUGUGUACAUAUGUACAAGUAUCACUGUGUUUGUUUGCAUAUGUUUAUAUGUGCAUACAUCCCAGCAUUCACUUAAACAUCGAUUAUACAGACAAAAACAACCCUCCAAUCAAACGCCAACACCACAUUCAGUCAAACGCCAACACUACAUACAAACACACCUCUGUAUUAAAAUGCCAACAUUAUAUUAUACACAAAAAAAACUACAUUCAAACACCAAACCUACACACAAAUACACCCCUUCACUCAAACUUUGCUGCAUUCAAACACACUACACACAAGUACGCCACUGCUUUCAAGUGGCAACAGUACAUACAAACACACAACUGCAUUAAAAUGCCAAAACUACACACAAAUACUCCAUCCAAAACCAUGCUUAAAUUCAAACACACAAACAUUGCCCCCAUUUAAAACCAGACCCGGACUCGCCAUCGGGUAAAUGCCCAGUGGGCCACGGUGGCCAUGGGCCUAGGCCAGCAGGGGAGAUUACAGGAUCUCCCCUGCCGGUCCGUGCAGGGCCGGCUCUAUCCGAGCGCCGGCCCUGCUGCAUUCCAUGACAGACCGGUGGAGAGAUUCAUGAUCUCCCUCACCGGCUCACAUGUAGUGUAUUGCAGCCGCCGGCGGCGGAGAGAGGGAGUGAGACAGGAGAGGAACCCAGAGGAGCUCUAUCUUGCAGCUCCGCCAGGUCCUCUCGCGAGAUUUGGAGCAUUCCCACUGGCUAGAGUUCACUCACCAAUAGGAUGGGAUGGCAGCAGCACAAUCCCCCCUCCCAGGCUAAAGGUUAGAAGGGAGGGGGGAUAUCAUCACACACACACUGCAGGUUGACACUCACAGCACCCUCACUCACACACACACUGCACCCCUGACACUCACAGCACCCUCACUCACACACACACACACACACACACACACACACACAGCACUCUUACCCACACAGCACCCUCACACACACUGCACUCAUCUUCCACACACACAUCACCCUAACACACACACACUGCACCCCUGACACUCACAGCACCCUUACACACACACAUACACACACACACGCUGCACCCCUGACACUCACAGCACCCUCACACACACACACUGAACCCCUGACACUCACAGUACCCUCACUCACACACACACUGCACCCCCGACACUCACAGCAUCCUCACUCACACACAAACACACUGCACCCCUGACACUCACAGCACCCUCACUCACACGCUGCACCCCUGACACUCACAACACCAUCUCACACACACUGCACCCACACACACAGCUUCCUCAAACACACAUAGCACCCUCACGCAAACACAGCACCCAGCACACACACACUACACCCCUCACACACACAACACCCUUACACACACUACACCCCUCACACACACACUGCACCCCUCUUGCACACAAACCACAACCCUUACACACACACACAUCACCCUCACACACACACUGCACAAUACUCUUUCCUGGUAUUUUUAUCUCCUGGUAUCCCAUCUAUGGAGACACUAGAGACAAAUUUCAAGCAAACACAGUGCAAGCAUGUUAUUAAAUUUGCUUGCGCUGUGCAGAACAAAUACAAGGUCUUUUUCUCAUGCUAGAUCUCUUCAGCAGAGCUCUGCGCAUGGUAUGCCCUGGAAGAGCAUUGAACCAACAUGCUCACUUUGUGAUGGGGCGUGCUUGUCAUUGGUGAUGACAGAACAAACCCUAUCUGUCCCCGCCCCCUUUUUAGUGUGUCACUGUAAUAAAAAAAUGCUUGGCUGAAUUUUCUUCCCAGUCCGGCCCUGGAUAAAACCCUUUAAGUAUGGGCAGAUGGUACAUCCCCAGCUGGUAGCGCAUCAUGGGAGAUAUACGACAGAUGGGAAUCUACCUUUUGGCCGUCCUUGAGUUGGGAAGAGGGGGGAAUUUUUUGAACAAGGACCCUCUCUAUAUUAGUUCCGCCACUGGUCUGGGUGCCAUGCCCUCCUCAUUUUAACCCUUCAGCGUACAACUUUACAUCUAGUGGCUGUCACACUGACCCACAAGAGCUACUUCUGAAGAAAUGGCCAAGUAAAACUUGGCAAGUUCUACCAGGUGAUCUCAUAGAGACCAUCCGAUUGAUUCAUGGUGGCGUCUUGCAGUGUGCAUGCACACUAUCCUCCCAAUGCUUUCCUAAGGGUCUUGAUGAUCUCAACCAAGGAGACGAGGCCAGCUGUGGACAGAGCAGUUUAAACUCUUGGGGGUGGUCACCUAAACAAUGACUAGUACACGAUAGUGUUAGGAAUACACUAGUUUUUAUUCCUAAUGCUAUAGUGUUCCUUUAAGAGAAUUUAAGUAAACAAUAAUAAUAAAAAUAUGUUUAUGUGUUGAGACAAAUGUGUGGAGCCAAGUAUUUUCUUUUAGAUAUUAAAAACAAACAAACUGUACUGUGAUUAAUUAUUUGAAAUCCUAUCCUUUUCUGUCACAGAAAGCAUUGCCAAUGCCAGGGUACUAGUCACUGGGGCAAGCACAGGCAUCGGAGAGGAGAUAGCGUAUCACUAUGCAAAGGCAGGAGCCCAGCUGGUUAUAACAGCAAGGAGGGAACAAGCACUGCAAAAGGCAAGUAACCCCAUACAUUAUAAAAGCUGUACAAAAUGUAUCCUGAGAACAAGGUACAAUCUAAAAGAAAAUGGCUGAAGAUUGUGUGGAGACUUGAGAUCUUGACUUUACCUCCUUCAUGAUGAGCUAGUCCCUUAUUUUUCUCCCAUUAUUUAAUUUAAUUAUUAUUCUCCCUCUUACUCGUUAAUUCUGAAUAUAUGGCAUGGUAUGUUAUUUGGUUGUUAAUGAGUUCACAGUCAGUUCUCUACAACAAAAGCAACAAUAUGAAUACCGUAUAUUAUUAUUAUUAUUGCCAUUUAUAUAGCACAAGCGUAUUCUGCAGCGCUUUACCAUUUUAUAAAAAGGGGAAAUUCAAGAAAUGAGGGGUUGCCACGGCAGGACAAAGAAGAGAGUUGAAGGUAUCCAUGAGAUGCAAGGGAUUGUGGGAGCAUAUAAACUAAUGAGAGAGGAAAAGUAUGACUGUUUAGCAAGGGUGAGGGCUACACUGUAUGAACGCAGGAUGAAUUUAAAAUGGCAAAAGUCUGACAAGGUGUGAAACUCCCUCCAGUGGCGUUCGGUUGAACGGGAGCAUCUCUGCAGGUAGCAUGUUGCCUUAGUGUGCCACUAUUGGAGGCAUAUCCUCCUUGAGGUGUAUGUUUGGGGCAGGGCUGCAGCGCCCAGAGCAGUGGUGAAGAUAGCAUUAUAUGAGGAGAUAGCCAGAGAGGGACAGAAAAAAAGUGGAUGAGAGUUGAGAACGGACAUCAGUUGAGGGUUGCUGGAGGUCAAGUUCAACUCGUUCAAGUAUUAGCUAUCUUUACCGACAGCUUUCUAUAUGCCUGACCACAUUGGGGAAAUGGUACUGCAAUUAGGUUGCUUUAAAAAGUGCUCUACUAACAUAAGCAAAAUAGGUUUUUUAAGUAACAAAGAGAGUUUGCUAUAUAUAUUAAAAUGCGUUUUUUUUUUUUUUUUUUUAGAAAUUAGUAAAUACAGUUAACAGUUCUAGCCACAACAAAUUUAGCCCAUUCUCACAACACCAUCUUAUUCACUGCAGGUGAAGGCCAAAUGCCUGGAACUUGGAGCAAAGAAUGUGUCCCUGAUUAUUGCAGACAUGGGAGAGCCUGUGGAUCGGGAACAAAUAUUGGAGAAGGCUGUUACUGUGCUGGGUGAGUAUUUAAUCUAUUAAUGCGAGUAAGGUGUACCAAUUUAGAUUAACUAGAAAAAUAAUAGGAAGAAAUCCUCUCGUAUAGAGACGAGGGGAAUCCUCCUACCAGUACUACCCCUAGAAAGACAUAUAUACAGGCUUGUAGAAAACAAGAUAUGUAUAACUAAAUUUAGAUUAACCCCUUAAGGACCAAACCUCUGGAAUAAAAAACAAUCAUGACAUGUCACACAUGUCAUGUGUCCUUAAGGGGUUAAAUACCAUGGAGCAUAUUUUUUUUUACAGUGUAUAUAAAUAGGGAGAGAUUCCUAUUCCACUAAGGUAAAAAGUAAUUUUACCAGCAUAGGAAAUGUUAUUUUAAUAUAGAUGGACAUCAGGACACUUUUGUAUGUGUGCUUCUAAUUAACAUAGUAAGGCCCCCCCAAGCCCCUCUCUCUGCCCAAAGGUAAGAAGAAGGGAGGGGGGAUAUUAAAGGGACACUAAUGCAAUGUUAGCUUAAUGAAACAGUUUUGAUGUAUAGAUCAUGCCUCUGAAGUUUCCCUGCUCAAUUUAUUGCCAUUUAGGAGCUAGAUUACUUUUGUUUCUGUUUAUGCAACUCUAGCCACACCUCCCCACACAACCUGCACUUAUUUUAAAAGUUUUUAUCUCCUGCUCUGUAAAUUAAACUUUAAUUGCAUACAGGAGGCACAGUUAGCUAUUAACAGAGUAGGAGAUAAGAAAUUCUAAAUUAAACUGAAUUUGCAAUAAAGGAAGUGUAAACAUUUGAUGACUCUUUACAGGAAGUAUUUAGGAAGGUGUACCUAGGGUUUCAGAAACAAAGUGAUUCAACUCAUAAAUGACACAGAACUGAGCAGGGUCAUGAUCUAAACAUCCGAACUGCUUCAUUAAGCUGAAGUUGCUUCGUGACUAUAAUGUCCCUUUAAACUUAAUUUUCAAAGUAUCAUUAAUUUAAAAAAUAAAGUAAAAUAAUAUUUCUAUAUAUUAUAUCUGUCAUGAAUGCACCCUACUCCAAGAGUGUGCGUGACGUAGUUGUGGUGGCGAAGGGGUUAAAGUUCACUAUUUGUCUGCACUAGACUGAAAAUAAUUACAAAAUCCCUCUUAACACCACCCACAUUUAAACAUAAUAACGCCCUUAGACAAACACAGUGACCUAGUAUUGGAUCUGUUAAGAUUUGUCUUAACACACAAUUUCUUUCUGUUUGACGGAGUAUACUAUCACCAGGUGCAGGGGACCGCUAUGGGGACAUCUUGUGCACCCUCAUAUGCAAACCUGCACCUGGGAUGGUGGGAGGAGCAAGUAGUUUUUACAUCUCCUCCUAAAAAUCCUCUGUACAUAUAUCUAUACAUAUAAAAGAAAAGAUACAUAGAUGACAUUAUAAUCAUCUGGACUGGGUCAGAGGAUCAGUUCAGACAAUUUACACUUGAUCUGAACAUAAAUGAAUUAAAUCUUAAAUUCACUGCCGAGAUUGGUACUCCAUCUCUAAGCUUCCUCGAUCUUGUGGUAUCUCCACAAGAACAAGGUUUCAUUAAAACAAAUUUGUUCAGGAAAAGCACAGCUACCAACAACCUUCUGAAUUGGAAAAGUCAUCAUCCAAUUCAGCAGAAACGGGGAAUUCCAACGGGCCAAUAUUUACGCUUAAGACGCAAUUGCUCAGACUUGGAAGAUUUUAAAGUACAAGCAAGAGAACUGCGCCAUAUGUUCAGGUCCAAAGGAUACCCCAAUAAAUGCCUGAAGAAAGCGUACCAUAGGGCUCUUCUAACUGAACAGGGAGACCUACUAAGAGAAAAAGAGGUCUCCUCUUCUACACCAUUGAAAAUCGAACAGAAACAACUCAGGUGUAUUGCCACCUUUGACGCCGGCUGGGACCAAGUAAAAACAAUUAUGAAUCGCUUUUGGCCCCUACUAAAACAAGACACUUAUCUUAGGGACGUCCUCCCUCCCCAUGCAACUCUGACAGCUAGAAGGGGUAACAACCUGAAAGAUCUAUUGGUACAUAGCCAUUUCCAGCCUACUAAACAACCUACACAUUGGCUGUCAGACAAGAUUAAAGGUACCUAUAAAUGUGGCAGGUGUAAAGCCUGUAGAUAUAUUAAUACCAACUCCAAAAAUUUCAAUAAUAGUUCUAACACAGAAAAUUUCAAAUCUCUUUCAUUUUUCAAUUGUAACUCAAAAGGAGUGAUUUACUUAAUCACUUGCCAAUGCAACAUCAUGUAUGUAGGCAAAACCUUUAGACCGUUCAAGAGACGAAUUCUUGAACAUAUAAAUUCAAUAAAAACAGUAAGGAAUAUAGAAACAUCGGUCUCUAGACACGUGAAAUCAGUUCACAAUGGGGACUCCAAUGUCCUCAAAUUUCAAGGCAUCAAAUUAAUUAAACAGGACCAGAGGAAGGGCAACUGGGACCAACGUCUGAGAAGACGUGAAUGCUACUGGAUCUAUCGCCUUAAAACCCUGUCCCCUAGGGGCCUUAAUGAGGGUUUUUCAUACUCUCCAUUUAUUUAGAAGUCUCUCUAUAUUUAAUUUAUGUGCCUUUUUAAAAAAUAAUUCAUUACCUAUCUUAGUUAUCUGUAUAUAUACCUUUUGAGGGGAUUUUCACUAUUUUUAUGUGUAUUGCCCUCCAUUCUUUCUCCCAUUCCUCCCCCCCUUUCUUAAUUCUAUUUUCAAUUUUGGCUAAUCUUUAUAGAGGGCUCACUAGGUAUAGAUAGAUGUAAUUAUCUUUAAGAUGGCUGCCAUUUCUUGGUCUUUAAGAUAUCUCACUUAUAAGAUACAAAUGAGCUCUCUGAAUGAUAUAUUCCCAAAAUAAAUCUGAACAGCCACUUUAUCUUUAAUGUAAAUAGUCUAAUAUUUUAACUAUGUCUGUCUAAAUUAUAUGAGCUACACUAAUAAGAUCUUUUUUCCAAGUUGAAUACUUAUAUUUCAAGUAAACGAAUUUCAUUCCUUACCUUCUGUAUUUUAGAGUUAACUUUAGACUGAAAUAAAUAGUCCGAUAUUCCAAUUAUGCAUUUGGAAAGAUAGAGCCGUAGGUGUUAAUAUUGUACUAUAUAUCCUACUCAUGGCCCCUAGAACACGGGCAAAUGGUUACUUUUUGAUUAUGUAACAAACCACUUAUGUUUUAGACAAGUUUAACAUUCUACAAGGUUCAUCUUUACACGACGGAUUUUCAGCCAGUCAAUCAUUUGACUAACUCCACCUCCUUACAGAGGGCAAGUGAAUAUGGCGUUACGUCAUGAUUAACGACGUUGUGAUUGGCUACUUGGGAUUUAAAUACAGGGAGUGUUUGGGCGGCAAUUCCUAUCCCUGACGAAGGAGUUUGCUACUCCGAAACGCGCGUCGGAUCUUUGAGGGGUUCCCCACUCACGGCACUUUGGCACAUUACCGUGCACAACUCACGAUGCACUAGGAAUCCUUUCCCCCACCUUUCCCUUCCCCUCCUUUUCCUCACCUUCUGAUUAUGAUCUUCAUCAUUUUUUGUUAGUUACAAUGCCCGCAGUUUGCUUCUAGAGUUCCAUUUUACUCGACAGGAUAACAGCGUACUACUCACCACUUAGUUUAGAACACCCACGAAGGUGUUUAUUAGCAGAAGUGAGGGUAACAGCCAACUACCUAGCUUAGAACACCCAUGAAGGUGUUUAUUAGCAGAAGCUAGGGAUAAGCAUUAGAACGGAGUUUUUUCAUUUUGCUAGAUUAGAUUUGGGUUUGAUUGUAUAUCCUGUCUCUGCUGUCUCUCCCCGCUUUUUAGACACUUCGCCUCGAUUUACUCCUUUUCUAUAUGAGUUCUUCGUUUUAGAUCUCCAUAGAUCCAUAUUGUAUAACUCUGGCGGUCAUAUUGAUACAUCUGGAGGGAUUGCACUGUUGAGGGGGAUUUUUCACCUAUAACAUUCCAAUUAAUAGAUCUAUCUAUGUAUUAAGAUUAAAGAUCAAAGACUAUAGGUAAUUACAGGAAGCAGUGAUUUCCACUUUGUUAAUAUACAGUUGCUGUUGUAUCUCUUUCUCUUUAGUAGGUCAAUAAAGUUACCAUUUCUUUUAGUGGAUUUAGAGAUACUUUUUAUGCACUGUAUCAAUUUUAUUUAAUUUGACUCAAUAACUGUUCCUACUCCCCACUUUCCUGUUCUUUGGGCUCUAGAUUCUAAGAGUUAUUAGGUAUCAUAUUUAUGUGCACUUAUAAUUUAUACUUUUACCAGCUUGCUUGGUAUUUUCCUCUUUCUUCUUAAGAGGAAUAUAUCCGAGCAUUUUGUGUGUGUUUUCUAUCUUCUACAAAUAAAGGGUUCAUGCCCAUAAUAGGUGGAGCUGGUACCACCUACUCUGACCAAUUUUUUCCAAGUCAUAGAUUUAACAUUUUGUGAAUCUAUGACAAAGGAAAAAUAAGUUUCGUUUUGUUUAAUAAUAUAACUAUUACUAUUUUAACGCUGCCACCACCAAGGCAAUUUAUAAAUGGGGUCCCUUUUCCCCCAGGUAAAUUAAUUAUAAAAACCCAACAAAUAUUACUUAGCACAAUAUAUAUGUGACUGUAAAAUACUAAUUAGUCUCUUCAGGUAACGUGAUUCUUUACAAGUCAAAGGCAGAACUUAAUAAUGGAAUGUUUAUUAUGAGUAAAAAAAUGAGCAAAAAAAUAGUCACAGUGCAUACAAAAAUAUAGAUGAUAAACCAAUUAUUUACAGAUAAAAACAAAAGGGAUAAAGUAACAGAAGUCCUAAUCACUUACUCAGCUCUUCAAAGUAAAUACUUCUGCUGCAGGUGGUCUCUGCUAGGAAAGAUGGUGACUCACUUAGAAUUAUAUUCUGGCCCCAAACAAGUACACCCAGGGCCGGCGCUACCUGAUAUGCAGACUAGGCAGCCGCCUAGGGCGCCCCUUGGGAAGGGGCGCCGCCAGGAGCGCCGGCCCCCCUCAUGCGGCAGCCGCCCGAGCGCUCUGUAGAGAGCCUCAGGUGGCUGCAGCUUUGCCCGGGCGGUGCGUCCAUGAGGGCGGACCGCACCGCCCGGGCGCAGCCUGAGGAGAGGGGCUGACAGGAGGGAAGCGCUCAGCGCUCCCUCCUGUCACUCCCUACCUGUAGCGUGGCCGAGCCCAGUAUAUUCCGCGGGUACAGGGAGCAUCUGUCUCCUGUACCCGGCCGGACUAACAGGAAGUGCACACUGAGUGUGUACUUCCUGUUAGUCCGGCCGGUUACAGGGAACAAAAGCUCCCUGUACCCGCGGACCAUACCAUAGUGGGCUCGGCUAUGCUACAGGGAGGUAGGGGGAGAAAUUGGGCUGGGAAUUGACACGAGGGUGGGGAAUAGACAGGAGGGGGGAAAUGGACAGGGGUGGGGAAAUGGACAGGAAAGGGGUGGAAUGGACAGGGAGGGGGAAAUAGAGAGGGGGGAAAUGGACAGGGGGGAAUGGACAGGAGGGGAGGAAAUGGACAGGUGGGGGGAAAUGGGACAGGGGGUAAAUUGACAGGGAGGGGGAGAAUUGACAGGAGGGGAAUUGACAGGGGGAAACUCGACAGGGAAAAUUGACAGAGAGGGGGUGAAUUAACAGGGGAGGGGGGGGAAUUGACAGGGGGAAAUUGACAGGAGGGGUGGAGGGGGGAAAUUGACAGGGGGGGGAAGAAAUUGACAGGGAGGGGAAUUGAUGGGGAAAUGAGAGUGGGGAGGGGAGAAGAGAGUGACAAGGGAGGGGGGAGAAGAGAGGGACAAGCAGGGGAGAAGAGAGUGACAAGGGAGGGGGGGAGAAGAGAGGGACAAGGGGGGGAGAAGAGAGGGACAAGGGAGGGAGAGGGGGAGAAGAGAUUGACAUCCAUCACACACACACAUGCACCCCUUACACACAAAGACAAUGCACCCCUUGCACACAGAAAAACACACAAUGCAUUACACACACAGACACACACACACAAGCAAUGCAACCCUUACACACAAUGCAUGCCUUACACACACAGAAACACACAAUGCAUUCCUUACACACACUCAAUGCACCCCUUACAGAUGCACACACUCAAUGCAUCCCGUACAUACACAGAAACACACCUUGCAGCCCUUACACAUACAAACACAGAUUCACACAAUGCAUUCCUUACACACAUAUCCGGACAUCCCCUACUCCACCCCCUGUGAACAAACUCAUUGGUGGAACAUGAAAGUGGACCCUGGGACCCAGACCUUGAGCUGUGUAAAGGGCCUUAAAAAAAAUGGAGCUGCUUCCCAUUCUCCCAGAACAUUGAUUUUUGUGACCACAGUUACAAACAGCCUCCAGGGAGCCUGUUCUACACCAGACCAGUGGAGCCAGACUGCAGCUAGAGCCCAUCAUCAUCCUCAUCUGGUUGUAAGUAGGCAAUUUAGUAUAUUAUUCGUGGCACUAAUCUCUAGUCCCCAGAACCACUUCAGCUUAAUGUAGUGGUUCUGGUGUCUAUAGCCUGUCCUUGCAGGCCUUUUAAUGUAAACACGGCGGCACUGCAGCACUGGCGUUAGUUAACAUGGCAAAUCAUAUGGGUGGGGCAUUGUGAUGUCACAUGGGGGGCGGCAAACUUUACUUUUGCCUAGGGAGGCAAAAAUCCUUGCACCGGCCCUGUCCCCCUGUCUCGUCUUUCCUCCAAGCUAUACAUGUUAAGAUCCUUUAACCUUUCCUGGUAAGUUUUAUCCCGCAAUCCAUGAACCAGUUUAGUAGCCCUUCUCUGAACCCUCUUUAAGGUAUCAAUAUCCUUCUGAAGAUACAGUCUCCAGUACUGUGUGCAAUACUCCAAGUGAGGUCUCACCAGUGUUCUGUACAAUGGCAUGAGCACUUCCCUCUUUCUACUGCUAAUACCUCUCCCUAUACAACCAAGCAUUCUGCUAGCAUUUCCUGCUGCUCUAUUACAUUGUCUGCCUACCUUUAAGUCAUCAGAAAUAAUGACCCCUAAAUCCCUUUCCUCAGAUGUUGAGGUUAGGACCUUAUCAGAUAUUCUGUACUCUGCCCUUGGGAUUUUACGUCCAAGGUGCAUUAUCUUGCACUUAUCCACAUUAAAUGUCUGUUGCCACAACUCUGACCAUUUUUCUAGUUUACCUAAAUCAUUUGCCAUUUAGCUUAUCCCUCCUGGAACAUCAGCCCUGUUGCAAAUUUUAGUAUCAUCAGCAAAAAGACAUACCUUAGCAUCAAGACCUUCUGCAAUAUUACUAAUAAAAAUAUUAAAGAGAAUGGGUCCAAGUACAGAUCCCUGAGGUACCCCACUGGUGACAAGCCCAAGCUUCGAAUAUAUUCCAUUGACUACAAUCCUCUGUUGCCUGUCAUUUAGCCAAUGCCUAACCAAUUCAACAAUAUUGGAAUCCAAACUGAAACAUUGCAGUUUAUUGAUAAGCCUUCUUUGUGGAACAGUGUCAAAAGCCUUACUGAAAUCUAGGUAAGCAAUGUCUACUGCACCACCCUGAUCUAUUAUUUUAGUUAUUUAAUCAAAAAAAUCAAUAAGAUUAGUUUGGCAUGAUCUCCCUAAAGUAAACCCAUGUUGUUUCUGAUCUUGAAAUCCAUGUGUUUUUAGAUGUUCAUCAAUCCUAUCCUUUAACAUGGUUUCCAUUACUUUCCCCACUUCUGAAGUAAGGCUUACUGGCCCUCUAGUUGCCCGACUCCUCCCUACUACCUUUCUUGUAAAUGGGCACAACAUUCGCUAAUUUCCAAUCUUCUGGGACUACUCCUGUUAACAAUGAUUGGUUAAAUAAAUCUGUUAAUGGUUUUGCUAGUACACCACUAAGCUCUUUUAAUAACUUUGGGUGUAUUCCAUCAGGUGCCAUUGACUUAUUUGUCUUUACUUUUGACAGUUGAAAUAUAACCUCUUCCUCUGUAAACUCACGUGUAACAAAUGACUCAUUUGUCCUUUUUUCUAACUGAGGCCCCUUUCCUUCAUUUUCAUCUGUAAAUACUGAACAAAAAUAUUAAUUGAGGCAGUAAGCUAGACCUUUAUUCUCUUCUACAUACCUUCCUUCUUUUGUUUUUAAUCUAACUAAUCCUUGUUUUACUUUCCUUUUCUCAUUUAUGUAUCUAAAAAAUGUUUUGUCCCUUUUUUUACUGACUGUGCUAUUUUCUCUUCUGUGUGUGAUUUGGAAGCUCUUAUAACUUGCUUAGCCUCUUUCUGCCUAAUCUUAUAGAUCUGUCUGUCUUCCUCACUCUGUUUUUUUUUUAUAAUUACUAAAUGCUUUUUGUUUUUUUAAUAUUUUGGCCACAUCUGCAGAGUACCACAGUGGUUACUUUAAUUUUUUGCUUUUACUGACAAACCUAAUGUAAUUUUCUGUUGCCUUUAGCAGUGCAACUUUUAAAUAAUCCCAUUUCUCUUGGACUCCAUUUAAAUUGCUCCUGUCUGAUAAUGACUCCUUUACACAUAUUGUAAUUUUAGAAGGGUCUGUUUUUCUAAAGUCUAAAACGUUUGUUUUUGUGUGGUGUGACUCAGUCACUGUUCUUAUAUUAAACCACACUGACUGAUGAUCACUGGAUCCUAAACUUUCACCUACAGUAAUAUCUGAUACCAACAACUUGUCUUAAAGACAAUACAAGUUGGGAGUUUAGAAUAUGUGUGCUCCUGGCACAAGCUGCUUUUUUGGUUUUCCAAAAUUUCCAUGAUGAUAACUUCCCCCUUCAUUGUCAUUUUAGCUAUUUCCUCAACUAGUAGAUUAUCUAACUCUUCUAUUUGUCCAGGGGGCCACAAUUAAAUUGUUAGUUACUGUAAUCAGAGUGGUCUCAAAUGAAUGGAGGGGGUGGAAGCCAGAUUGAAGAGGGUCGAGGAGAGAGAUGAUCUUCAGAAGUGCUACCUCUGCAUAUGGCUUUGGCUUCAUGACUUGCUAGUAUUUAUGAAUCGACUCGACCUGUAGUGCAAGUUUUAUUUAUGCUCUUUUGAAAGCGCAUAUAAUUUCAUCUAUAUGUUGUGCUUGCAGUUUUGCUGGCAAAUGUAUAGAUUGGCAAAAAAAGAAAAAAAAUGAAACGCGUUCCCCCCCGUGAUAGGGGCUUCCUCAGUCAGUUUGUAGUGUGGAGGGGCUCCUUAUAGUCCUUUUCAACCGUCUUAUGCAGGUACUUCAAGUUCGACUGUCCGCACUUUGGAACGCAUUAUGUGUUCCAAUUCAGACGCAGUGUGCUCUAUUUCCGGGUCGCGUUACCUGUGCCAAUUCGGGCGCAUGGUUGACGUAACUGGAAUGCAUGUCGUAUGA